AUGCUGGUGGAGUGGUGGAGGAGCUCCCAGAAGCGGAGCGAAACCAACAGAAAGAGCCUAGAGUGGUCGCAGAUGAAAGAUGUCUCGGAGCUCUCUGCAGCCUGCAAUCGGACCUCUACUGAGACAAUUUUCGGGGUUCGCACCAUGGUGACCUUCAGCGGCCUCGAUUCGGCGACCCAUGUCAUGACCUACGAAGUCUUCAGCCGCCAGAAGAAGGUGCUCCACUGCCUGCAGGCGCUGAGACAGUUGUGGGAGCUGGGUGGAGAGGACAAGUUCUACUACAAGUUGGUGGCUCCGCUGACGCACUUCUGCUUCGUCAUGGACUUGGAGUUCGCAUCUCAGAUGAGUUUCUGGGGCGUCUGGAACUCCAAGCUUGGCAUUAAAAAGAAGGACGUGCCGGAGCAGAUUUGCAAAGAAGUGGUGCUCCCUGAGAUCGCCGUGAUCCUGGGCGGCGAAGGUGCCACACCUUUCACCUCGGUGGCGCAGAUGAGAGAGGCAGCUUCCAAGGUGGUCGACCAGGUGGAAGCGCGGAUCAAGGGAGCAUCUGACAUCUUCCUAGUGGAGGUGCUUUAUGGCCUGAAAUGCCUGAAGGCCGCUGGAAGAGAUAGAGCAGCACUGCUGGAGGCCUGGAAGCCUCAGGGCGUGAUGUGCCUGAAGGAGAGCAGGAAACUGCUCGCCUACCUGGAGAAAGAGUUCGGCAAGGACUCUCCGGCGUGGACCAAGUUGCAGAAGCGGUGCACGGAGUUUUUCCCCUUGAUGGUCAUUUCCUGACGCGUCCCGGGGGUAAGUUUUGGAGACUUCUCCGCUGCGCCGCGGACGUAACACGAACAGUGGGCCCCCAAGGCCCAAACGCCAACACCACAGCCAUUGGGACAACC